AUUACUCGUGGUGGUUCGAACCCACUGGCAUGCAAAUAAGAGACGACUAGGUUCUAGGGCACCUACUGGCAAGCGCACAGCUAGCGCUGCCUUGCGCGCACACGUAGCGAUGGCGUGCUUCAGGCCGAAAGCUGACAUUCCGAGCAAGAAAGUGGUGCUGCUUGAGCUUGAGCGGGCAAAGAAUGGCUUGGAGUCAGAGAAUGCGGCUCUCAAACAAAAGCUUGUGGACGUCCAGUCCCAGUUGGUGGCAACAACGAAGCAACGCGACGUGCUAGCGGGCCAACGCACGGACCUCAGUUCACAGCUGCAGACUCUGCAAGCGCAAGAUGGCGAACGGCAGUCGCAGCUGGCGUCCUUUCAAUCACGCCUGCAGGCCUCAACCCAGGCCUCCAUGCAGUACCUCGCGGCACGAACGGAGGCGGCGGCCGCAUCAGAGGCUGACGCCACCAAAAGCCUUGCCAAGCGGGCGGCGGAUGUGGUGGUGCUGCAGGCUGAUUGUGUGCAGGGCGGGGCGCCUGCUGCCCUGGCACCAGAGGAUGGCUCUACCGCCAAGCCGCUGGCAUCGCCGCGAGGGCAGACGGAUGAAAUCUCAGCCGAGCAAAAGCCUGUGGAGGUGGCGAUGGGCGCCAACGCGACCUCAGCGGCUGGCAACGGCAGCCCCAGGUCCGUUGCUGAAGCCAUGGCGGGCGUUGCGGAUGCGCAGGAGACCCUGCUGACGCACCUGGCGGCCAUGCAAGCCGCGUUGAAGCAGUCUGACGAGGACCGGAGGGCGCUGCACUCCGACUUCACGCGCAUCCGCAAGAAGCUGGAGACGGCUGAGGCAGCUGCGGCGGAGCAGCGCCGGGUGCUGCAGAUGCAGUGUGAGGCGCUGCAGCAGGAGAACAGCCAACUCACAGAGAUGAACCAGGAGGUGAAGGGCCAGCUGGACACUGUUCUUGGCGAGCUAUCAAAUGGAAAGAAGACCUGGAAUGCCGACGCGGCGCAGCUGGCCAAGUACCUGGCGGACAUGGAGGCAGCCAACGGGCGCGUGCGGGUGGCGGAGGCGGAGGCGCGCAGCCUGCAGGCCCAGCUGGCGGAGGCCGGCGCGGCGGCGCAGCAGGCGGCGGAGCGGGAGGCCGCCACACAGGAGCAGCUGGCGAAUGCGGGCACGGAGCUGGAGACGGCCCGCACGGCGCUUGCGGCGCGUGAGGAGGAGCUCACUGCGGCGCGGGCCGAGCUGACCAAGCUGACGGGCGAGCUGUCCCACCAGCAGCAGCUGUACCAGUCCGCCGCUGCCGAGCUGCGUGACGUGCGGCAAUCGGAGGCGGCGGCCAGGGAGGCGCUGGAGAGCUGCCGCGGCCAGCUCGCCACCAGCCAGCGCGACCUGGCCGCGGCGCAGCAGCAGCUGGCGGUGCAGGGCCAAGCGCUGACAGACGCGCAGGACCAGCUGCAGGAGAGCCGGACUGCGCUGACCACUACCAGCGACCGGCUCAGCCGUGCGCUGGCGGACCUGUCGGGCCAGGAGUCGCGCCUGGCUGAGGCCAACAGCCAAUACCUCAGCAGCAAGCAGAGCGUCAUCACCACCGCCAAGCAGCUGGCCACGAUGGCCAAGGACCACAGCGCAGCGCUGGCGCGCCUUCACGAGCUGGACGCCGAGGCGGGCACCCUGCGGGAGCAGCUGGAGGAGGUCACCGCAGCCGAGGCGGCGGCGCGGAAGGCGGCGGAGGAGAGCUCAGCGGCGGCACGCGCAGCGCGUGACGCGGCCGAGACGGCUUCCAGUGAGGCGCGGCGGUUGCGCGCGGCCUAUGACAACGCAUCGGUGGACCUGCGGCGUAAGAUCAUGCUGCUGACGGCGAUCGCGCGCAUGGCCAACAAGGGCCAGGCCUCCCAGGCGGCGAGCAGCGGCCGCUCCAGCGGCGGUCAGGCUGCCGAGUCAGCUGACGGCUACAGCGCGGUCGUCAGUGAGCAGCGUCUUCGACUAAAGAUCUGCGAGUCGCCGCUGCCGCUGCUGGGCGCCCUGACUGCCGGCAUCAUGGACAGCAGCCGGCUGCGGCACCUGGCGCUGGACCUGGACACGUCGCGGGAGGUCACUUGGGAGAAGGCCGGCCUGCGCAUCGUUUCUCUGGCUGCCGCCAUCGGCCUCAACAACAGCCUGCAAACGCUGCAGCUGGCGGGAUGGACUUGGGGCGAGAUGGGCAACGGCACUGCACUGCCCUUCCUGGCCCUGGGCGGCUGCGGUGGGGGCAUGCUGCGCAGCGUGCAGCUAGCCACCAACCUGUUCGACGCGGAGUCUGCCGCCAUGCUGCGCGACCUGCUGGCGGCGGGGCUGGUGGAGCUGGCGACCGGCUGCGACGGAGACGACGAGCUAGCGGCGGUGACAGCUGCGGCCAAUGCCUCCGGCGGCCAGGGCACACUGCAUCUGUACAGCGGCAAUGAGCGCCUGGACGGCUGGUACCGUGACAUGCUGCGGCUGGCCGCAGCGCCAUCCCGGCCGCAGACCGCGUGUUCAACCGCCUCCUCAGCUGCCACCGCCGACCUGCUUGCUGUGUCAGCCUCAGCCAUCUCGCUGAGUGUUACAGAGCAGGCGGCUCUGGAGUGCGACCUAUCGAGUGAGGCGCUGGAGUCCCACCACAUGGUGCUGGUGAUGGCGGUGCUGCUCAGCUGCCCAGGGCUGAGGUGCCUGCGCCUGGACGGCAACAAGCUCGGCGAUGGCGGCGCGGCGCUGCUGGCGCUCGGCAUGGCUGGCAACACGGGCCUGCGCGAGCUCACCCUGAGCAGGAACUCCAUUCACGCCGCGGGUGCACGCAGCCUGGCGCGCUGCCUGGACACCAACAGUGGCCUGCGCCGACUGGACCUGUCGGGGCAGCGCAUGGAGGGGCUUGGCGCGGCGGGCGCUGAGGCACUGGCACAGGCGCUGCGCCUGAACAGGACGCUGGAGGAGCUCAACGUGAGCAGCUGCGGUAUUGCUGGCUCCGCUGCCGCCUGCUUUGCGGGCGCCAUCCGUGCCGCCGGAGCUGUGCGGCCGCGGAUCUCCGCCGCCGGCACAUCCCUGUCGGGGGCCGGCAGCGGCAGCGACAUGCUGUCCGGCAGGGUCAGCAGCGACGGCCUGAGUGCCGGUGGCGGCGCGCUGCACGUCUUAUCGCUGAGCGGAAAUAACAUUGAUGCGCCGACCGCCAAGGCCUUGAUCGUGGCGGCGGCGGAGCGGCCCGCGCUCACGCUGAACCUUUAGAGCUGAGAGGGAGGCGGACGGAGACAGAUGCCGUAUGAUACGGUAGUAGAGGUUGCGCAACCGCGGGGUAUCAAGUACAUAACGCGCUCCUGCGAAGCUGCAAUCCUGGUGUAGGGAAGCGUAUGGUAGCAAUAAACAAUACGGUAUAAGCGGCAAGCGCAUGGGGCAAGAGUGCGGCAAGCAGGACAAGCAUUAACUAUCUAGACAUCGUGCAGCAGAACGUGACGGCGUUAGCGAGUAUAAGUGAGCUGGUGGCGUCAUAGUCGCUGGGUGGAGUCAAAGCCAUGUACGUGUGCGGUAAACAAGCUCAGUACGGUAGGGACGGCGAGCUGUCUCUACGCAAGCUUUCCCAGCAGACUGGCCUGGGCUUAGGGGCGGCGCGCCUAGCAGGUGAAGGCAGCGGCGCUGAGAUCGCCAGCUGUAAGUGUCGUAAUUUACCAUACUGCCUUGGUCCUGUCUCGUGUCGGGUGGACACGAUUAUUGCUAGCAACGGGCAGGGUCCUCGUCGGUCUUGUCAUAACCUAA